GUCAUCAUAUGACUCAGGAGCCUUCACACCAACUCAUCAGGCACGACUCUAUUCACGACCAGAACUGAACUUUUCAAGUCAGAUCACUUAAAUAACUUAAUCGUUUUAAAUAAAACUAAAUAUCUGCCUCGGAGUCUUCACUUCAUCUCGACUGUCGGAGUGUUUCAUGUCCUUGUAGGGGUUUUUGUGCAAACUGAAGGCAUUUUCCUGUCUUUCCUCCAUCCGCAGCACUGAUUCGGGCUCCGUGCUGUCAGUGUGAGUCCGCGGCUCCACUGAAACGUCAGGCGGGCUUCGGCGUUUGGUCACCGGUUAUUUCCGCGCGGAUCCUCCCGGCGUCCUGACGUCAGUUUAUAAGAAGCCAGCAGAGCCGGGGCGGCAGACAGCAGGGCUGAAGAGAAGAAAGAAAGACAGAAAAAAAAGAAAAAAAAGCCGGACCAUGCUGGAGUGAUCGUCGAUCAUCGUCGCUUUACUGUGACCACAGCCACAGAAGAGGCUCCAAUCCCAAGAUUUUGAAGUAUGGGGAAGGACUACUACAAGACUUUGGGGAUUCCCAAGGGCUCAAAUGAAGAGGAGAUCAAAAAGGCGUACCGCCGCAUGGCGCUCCGCUUCCACCCUGACAAGAACACAGAUGCCAACGCCGAGGAAAAGUUCAAGGAGAUUGCAGAGGCCUAUGAGGUACUCAGCGACCCAAAGAAGAGGGUGGUCUACGACCAGCUGGGAGAGGAAGGGUUGAAGACAGGUGGCAGCAGUUCAUCAGGUGCUCCCGGCAGCUCAACAUACCACUACACUUUCCAUGGAGACCCUCACGCAACUUUUGCCUCCUUCUUUGGCGGCUCCAACCCCUUUGACAUGUUUUUUGGCUCCAACCGAAGCCACAGUCGCUCCAAUGGUUUCCCCUUUCACGCAGACCAUAGCAACGACCCAGAGCAAGACACGGAAAUGGACGAGGAUGAAUCUUUCACUCACUUCGGGAGACAGUUUGGAUUUCCAGGCGGGAUGAACAAUGGCUUUCCGGGAGAAGCCCGCAGGAGAAGAGGGGCUCCAUCAGAGCGGCAUGGGAACAACAGGAAGCAUCAAGACCCUCCAGUGGUCCAUGAGUUGAAGGUUUCUCUGGAGGAGAUCUUCCACGGCUGCACCAAGCGCAUGAAGAUCACACGCCGCAGGCUGAACCCAGAUGGAAGGAGCAUGAGAACAGAGGACAAGAUCCUCAACAUCGUCAUCAAGAAGGGCUGGAAAGAGGGGACGAAGAUCACUUUUCCAAAGGAGGGGGAUGAGACUCCUGAGAACAUUCCUGCCGAUAUAGCCUUCGUUCUGAAAGAUAAAGGCCACACUCACUUCAGAAGAGAUGGUUCCAACAUCAUCUACAACUGCAAGAUAAGUCUGAAAGAGGCUUUAUGUGGCUGCACCGUUAGUAUUCCCACGCUGGAAAACCGGGUCAUCUCGCUCCCCUGUCAUGACAUCAUCAAGCCGGGAAUGGUGAAGCGGCUCAGAGGUGAAGGGCUUCCUUUUCCUAAGAACCCGUCGCAGCGCGGUGACCUCAUCGUGGAGUUCUCCGUUCGUUUUCCCGAUCGGAUUCCGCCGCAGUCCCGGGAGAUUAUCAGACAGCAUCUCCCCUCGUCCUAGAGGAUGGAUGCUCCUCUUUAUCUUCAUCGCCACACGCGGCAAACUAGAUCCAGAAAAACUACCUGUGACAGUUCUUGAUCUUCUGUUCCUUUUUAGUAGUUAGGUAGUCGCCCUCCCCUUUUCCUGUGUCAAUGCAUGCUGCGUUACACGGAUGCCCGGGACGUCUCACCAGGAGUUGGAAAAGUUUUGGUUCAUGCUCCUACAGAAGGAUGUGAGCGCUGAAGCUGAGGAUCUGCUGUCCUUUUUUCUUAGCAGCUUUAUAUGGAUUUAUUAUUGGUUUUAUAAGCUGUCCAAGUCUUCAACCCUUGUCUUUUUUUGAUAUGAUGAUGUUAGGAAUUUUUCAAAUAAAAAAGGACUUUUUCCGAGAUAUUCCCAGAAAUUUUAGAAUAAGAGUUUUUUCAUUGUAUCUUGAUUGUGUAAGCAGUUGUAUUAUGUUCAGUGCACACCAAUACUGGACACGUGCUUUUCUCAUACUCUAGUUAAAUUCAGUUCUGUGCAUAAUCUUCUUUUUUUGGUAUGAUCCUUCUCCCUCAAAGUAUGUUAACACAGGGAAUUCCACAACACACGUAAAGCCCCAGUGCAUUAUGGUUUAUAUUGAUGUAUAUGAGUUCCAUGGAGACGACAAUCAUAUACUGUAAGAGCAGUGUGAGCUCAGAGUUUAUAAUCUACAUGUUAUAUGGGUGCUUUCUCUUCUGAGCUGCUGGCUGCUCUGAACUGAAUAGCCUUGCUCAUUGUCUAAGCGGCAAAGGUGCCUUAGCCCAGCGCCACACCGACCUUAUAUGUGACAAAAACUCAGAGCUAGGUGAUGUUAUGUAUAAAAACAGCCAUGUUUGAGUGUAAGACACAAUGCUGUGUGAGACAUUGAGGAAAAUUGAGCUAUCAAAUCAUGUAAAGUUAUUAAAGUACUGUAAGCAGAGAAGAAAGAGACUGGGGGAUUGGUCUGUUUAUUGGUGUAAAGUGCCAUCCUGAUUGGAUUUCCUGGAGGACCAGAAUCAUGGCUUCAUUUUUUGACCUUAAAAGGCCUAGAUUGCUCUGCAAAAUUCAGCCAUUCUCCUCUCUCUUGUGGCAUUUGAAGGCCAUGUCUCGGUGCUAAUGUGAGCAUAGCCAAAAAUAAACCAUAAAUCUGCUGGUUUUGUCGGAUUGUUGUGGUGUGACGACUCCAUCUGGCCUCUGUAAGAACUGUACUUUAAACUUUGUUACAUGAUCAGUUGGUAGAAAUGCUCAUUCAGAGUUAUUUUUAACUUUCCAGAGGCUGUUCUGGGUCUGCAGGGGUCCUGAUGUGUUCAACUCAUGAUUGAUCAGUACAUUUUUUUAGAUUCAGAGUUGACUGGAAGGAAUCGAACGACUGGUCUGAUCGUGUGACUGUCCUGCCUCCUAAAGCCUCUGAAGACAAUGAAGAGUGGCUGCAACCAAUAAAAGCAGCUGCUGAAAGACUGUGCUGAUGUACAUUCAAAUCCUAUUUAUUAACUUUUCAGAAUGGAAUAAAUAAACUAAAAUGUGUCAA